UCGGCGGCGGGGCUGGGGCUGGGGCGGCUUAGCUAGGGAUCAGCGGGAGCGGUGGGUGCCGGGAUGGCGGGGACCCCGUCCGGAGGUGAGUUGCUUCAGGGCGGGCCGACGGGGUGCAGAAGGCUGGCUGGCGGGAGGGGGAAGGGGCGCCGGGAGCGCCUGGACGGAAGAAGGGGCAUCCCCGGAAACAGGACCUGCGAAAAGCAUGCCCCGAGGAAGGCGGGCUGGGGGCACUGGAGGGAGUUGGGCCGGAGAGAGGAUAUCUUGGGAGGGCGACCAGUGUAGAAAAGAGCCCCCCAGGAUUUGGACCAGUGGAGAUAAAGGGUCUCCGUGGAACCGGCCGUGAGAGAGACCGGGUGCUACUCGGUUCUCUUGUCCCCCCAACUUUACCGCGACGCCCCCAUCCUCAGAGUCCACUCGUUUCUCCUUGGAGGCGCUGACGGGCCCGGAUACGGAACUGUGGCUUAUCCAGGCCCCUGUAGACUUCGCCCCAGACUGCCUCAAUGGGCGGCUGGUGCCUCUCUCUGGCUCCCACAUGGUGAAGGGCAAGGUGGCAGGCAAGCGGCACCGCUAUCGGGUCCUCAGCAGCGGCAGCCCCCAAGCUGGAGAAGCAACCCUGCUGGCCCCCUCCGCAGAGGCAGAAGGCGGACUCACCUGCGCCCCAGCCCCCAAGGGCAGCCUAAGGAUCUUAGAGGGUCCCCAAGAAUCCUUAUCGGGGAUCCCGCUGCAACCCAUUCCCACCAGCCCCCCACCACAGAUCCCGCCUGGCCUGAGGCCUCGGUUCUGUGCCUUUGGAGGCAGCCCGCCAGUCACAGGGCCUGGGUCAGCCUUGGCACCGAGGUCACCGGCCUCAGGGAAGAGGAAAAAGAAGAGGCACGUGUCUGAGGCCUCCGUUCCUCAGGAGGCAGUGAAUGGGCACGGGACCCUGGAGGUGGACACAGCUUUGGGGCCCCCAGAGAUGGAUGUGGGGAAGAAGAAAAAGCAGCAUCCCAAUGAACUGGAGGCGAUGAAGCCGGAGCCCGGGGCUGAGGUGCUGGAACCGCUGGGAGUGCUGGUCCCAUCCACCAGCAAGAAGAAGAAAAAGAAGCCUAAAGAGACAGAAAUGGGGGUGCUGGAGCCAGAAGAAAAGACUGUGGAGCUGGAACUCAUGGUUAAAACCGAACCUCUGCAAGAGACAGUCCUAUCCCCCACCAAGAAGAGGAAGAGACACAAGGGGACAGAAGGGAUGGAGGCUGUGGAGGGGAUGAGAGCUGAGUUUCAGCUACAGGUGAAGGAGGAGCCACAGGAGGAGGCCAUCCCACUGCUGUGCUCGAAGAAGAAGAAGAAAGGAAAGGGGCACAGGGUGCUGGUGGAGCCAGGGACUGAGGCUGUGGAGCCAGAGAUGAGCACCCUGGAGCUCCCAGGGGAGAGGAUGGAGCCUGAACUGCCACGGGGUGAGGUUGAGCCACAGGCCGAGGCAGCUCUGGCGUCCACCAAAAAGAGGAAGAAAAAGGAAAAAUGGCAAAGCCCGAUGAUGGAGCCAAAGACAGAGGUGGUGGAGCCCCAGGAAGAGGUGAUGGUGCCUGGGCUGCCAGGCGAUCUUGAGCCUCAGGCAGCUCUAGCAUCCCCCAAGAAGAAGAAGAAAGAAAGAGGGCACAGAGGGACAGAGCCAGGGACUGAGGCGACUGGCCCACGAGGUGAGAUGACGGAGCCUGAGGCCAGGGCAGAUCCAGCGUCCACCAAGAAGAGGAAGAAGUGGGGCCAGGAAAGUGGGGUGCCGGAGACGGCAUCCCAGGAGGGGGUGCCGGAGACGGCAUCCCAGGAGGGGGUGCCAGAGCCGCCACUGAAUCCAGAGUCUGGGGAGGUGGCUCCCACGAGACGGGAGAAGAAGAAAAAGAAAAAGCUGCAGCAGGAUCCUGCGUAGUCUCCUCCAGGGAAACGGACAACUGCUAAGGAAAGCUGAGGUGGGCCCCUGGGCCGUCAGAGCCGAGCAGAGAAGAACCCCUUCCUGUUGCAGCAGCACACGAGCAGGAGCCUGGCGGGAAAAUGCUUUAUUGUUACACUGGGGGCCUCCUGGGCAGCUGAGGUCAUCGGGGCACUUUCAAGAAGGGCUCGUGGAGGACAUCAAACAGCCUGCGGGCCUGGGUGGGGGAGAGAGCAGGGAGCCAGUCAUUAAAUGAGCCAUUUGUUCGGUA